AUGAUUGAAUUGUGGCCAACUCUCGGUGCAUUUGGAUUCUAUACAUGGGUAUACGCGAGAAUAUUCCAUAAUGAUACCCAUUGGAUCUGGCUGAAUUCAUCGUCGAUCACAUUUCCAUUAUCGGUUGAUUCCCCAUUAGAUGAAUCUGAAUUUCCCACACCCUAUCUGCCCCAAUUAUUGGCAUCAUCGAAUCCAGAAAAUCAUUUUGACAUUUUUGCUGAUAUGUUGCUUUUGUCACCGUUAUAUGCUAAACCUUUAUUUGGCGAUUGUUUGUGGACCUCUUCGGAUUAUACACAGUCAUUGAAUCAAAAACAAACAACGACGAUCUAUCCUGGAUGGUUGCCAACAGAACAAAUGAGCAUCAUUGAACAACAGCAAGGUCACAAUAUCUGUGUUGUCUUGCCACAACCAGCUCAUAUCAACGGAAAACCGUAUACGUUAUUAGUUAACAUAACACAAAAUAAUAACGUGCAAUGGCCGUCGAAUAUUUCUUGGUACACUAUCCCAUUUCCCUCUUCGGAUGAAGUACUCAAAGCAAAACCAACUUCUGAUAAUUGGUACAAAAAUCUACAGUGGCCAAAAACAUUUGCAAACGACUGGAAAUCGGGUAUAUAUCAAUUUAGUGGUGUGCAACCACUUGAAUACGAGAACAAGACGAAACUUAAUUUGACUCGUAAAUCGUCCGUGCAACCCGACAAUCAAUUAUUGAAUUUGAUCGAUUAUCUUAUUGAACGAUACAAUAAAUUGAAUAUUCGAACGGAAAAACAAUUUUUUCAAUGGCGAAAUAUAACGCAAGCAAAUCUUUUUGCCUACAUACCCGCUGGAGGAUCUCGUAAAUGCAACGAACCUGUAGUAUUUAUCGAUCAUAUUGACACCGCAUUCGAGCGUGACACCUUUGCCAAUACUGGACAACGGAGAACAACACCAGGUGCAGAUGAUAAUGUGAGCGGUUUGGUCGCCUUACUUCAAUCGGCAUCGAUACUAAAACAGACGCAAGAAACAGCGUGCCGUGACAUCUGGUUAGUUCAUAUGACGGGCGAAGAGUACCCCGCAGCUAGUUUAGGUGUCAGCCAUUUUCUUCAACAGUUAUUAGUGAAAAAACAACCAAUUUAUACCGCUGUUAUUGUCGAUAUGAUUGGUCAUCGCGUCAAUCGAAAUGAUCCUAUUGUUCAAGUCAAUGCGGCAGAUUCAACCAAAUCAUUACUAUUGGCAGAAUUAGCUCUCAAUUAUGUUUAUCCAAAAGUCAAGGACAAGUUCAUCGUGAAGAAUUUACAGCCAGUGCUGCGUCGAUGGAGUGACCCGUAUGCGUAUUUGUACAACACUGACGGCGUCAGAUUUGUUGAAUACGGUUUCACAUGUCUGUUGUUCAACGAACGUAUCAGUAAUCACGAAAAUUACCGUCGUGAUGGGUAUCAUGAUACUCUUGACACGGUGAAUCUGAUUGAUUUCGAAUACGGGCAAACUGUCUCACAGUACGCAAUCGCCACAGUGGCAAUGUUAACCCAUUCGGACUGUCCUUCAGAUUCAUAUCGUAACAAAGCGAGCCUGAUACUCGUUAUCGGUCUGGUUCAAUUGCUAUUGAAACCAUUUGCACCGCGUACAGACUAA